AUGUUGAAGAAAAGGAAGUGCAAAUGUGGGUUUGAAGUGGCUGUGAGGACUUCAUGGACUAAUGAAAACCCUGGCAGGAAAUUUAUAGCUUGCAAGCUAUACAACCAUGACACUGGACACAGGGGAUGUCAAUUUUUUGAGUGGUUAGAUGAAGACCCUCUGGAAUGGCAAAGGGAUGUUAUUAACACACUUAUUGCUGAGAAGCAUAGGUUUGCAACAGAUCUUAGUUUACUAAGGGGCAGGGUUGCUCUGAUUGAGCAUGAGAAGAAGAGAUUGACUGAUGAGAUGGAAAGGAUGAAGAAGAAGACUGAGAAGAGAAAGGGCUGUGACAGUAGCUGUAAGCAUCAAGUUGUGAAGACUGAUCAUGUAGGAUUAGGAUUAGUCAUAGGAGGUCUUGUGAUGUUGUCUGUAGUUGUUAGUGUAGUUGUUGUCAAAGUUGUUGGUUGA